UCAAGUUAGCUUUGACUUGAUUUCAUACGAAGCGUAUACGUCAAUUAGUCCAGAUGUGUGUCGCAUAUGGAUUGGCAAUGCGUGCAAUUUCUGUUUACACAAUGUUAGUGACCCUCUGGAGUAUUGGUGGACAAUGGAUAUUUCCGGAUAAAUUGCACACCGAAUUCACUGAUAUUAUCAACAAACAAUGCGGAGAGAUACCCUACAGUGUUAGAGCACGCCCAGUUUUUGGCAGAGUAUAUGAAAAUCCUUGGCUCGUAUUAUUACGCCAUCCUGAAGAAACGUUGCAUUUUUGCCACGGGACACUUAUUAGCAACAGAUAUGUGCUUACAACGGCAAUCUGUGGUGGGAAUGUAGUGACUAAUGGAAACGUCACGGCACUCCAGCAAGCAACUGAGAUUGUAUUAGGUGAAUAUGAUCUUAGUACUGCAACGGAUUGUAUAACUACAUGGAACUGUUCGUUGCAAACUACUCGAAGAUCUAUUGAUAUAGUGAAGAUUCAUCCUAAUUUUACUACUAGUUUUUAUGAAAACGAUAUCGCGUUACUUUUUAUGAACGCCUCGGUACAAUUCGACAACAAUAUUCGUCCAAUAUGCUUGCCGUUUGUAUCCAUAGUAGAUAUUACUGAUGUGCAGCAGCAAACUAUAUACAAUACGAUUUGGUCUAAUGACAGCAUCCCGAGACAAAUUUGGAUGCGUAACGUUCCUAGAGAAAUUUGUCGAGAACAGAUAAAGAAUCUGUUUGCUUUAACCGAAGGUCAUAUAUGUGCCCGAAUCUAUGGUAAACAUUCGGUUGAUAUGAAUGGGAGUGCCGGUUCUGCAUUGCAGGUCGAUUAUCAUGGUCGCAUUUUUGAGUACGGGCUACUAUCGGUUGGAUUUCCCAACGAAACUGAUGCAGCGCCUUAUUUAUAUAUCGACAUAGCAAAGUAUAUAAACUGGAUUCAUGAAUCUGCGUCCAUGUAGAAUGAUAAAACCACAAAAAACAGUUUAAGAGUCAAUAAGGUACUAUUGCACUCUUUGGCCGGUUGCAUUGAUCUCGCAGCCCACCUAACGCAGUAAUGUAGCCUUCUUGUCUUGUCCUUGUCUUCAUUUUUAGCUUGCCCCUCUGUCUUCAUUUUUAGCUUCUUUUGGAACCUGGGCUUUCUUUCGAUGCUUUGAUUGUUGCCUAAUAGUGCCAAGAUGUUGGCGACCUAAAUGCCUAAACGGGCUUAUACGACGACUUUGCGAUGGGAGAGCAUUUAACUUCGUCAACGCAAUACAUGCAAUACAAAAUUUUAGAUAUAGUGAAAUAGCUCCAUUCAAAAUGGUGGUACCGCGGAUCAUUUCGCUUUACAUUUAUUCUCCGCGACCUAUUGCUGACGUGCCAUUGAAAAUGUGUUGCUGAGGGGAGGGGGGGGAGAGGAGGGGAUGGGAGGGAGGUAGAUUUAGAUAUUCGUGGAAAUGCAAACACUGUUUUUGUUCAUAUUUUCGGGAGUUUGUUCAGUGCUCCUAUUUUCGGCAACGCGAAUACGGGUUGGAAAAUUGUUUUACACACUUUCAUUGUUUUACUGCUCUGGUUUUCUUAGUAAUGAAACUUGCCGAACUAUUGGCUGACAGCAAAUAUGACAAACAAUUUUUAACUCUGUAUAUUUCGUUUGAUGUUUUGACAAAUAUGCAAGGACAUGAUGUGAAACUUCGUAUAUGAAUAACAAAAGAACAUAUCUCUAUUUAAAAAAUAUGUGUUGAGACAAUUUUCAACGCGUUUAUGCAUGAUUUUAAGUUUUUAGUUACCCUGUCUAAAACAGGUAGGGGAAGGUAAGUAAAGACGGAAACAUUAAGGAAAAUGUUGAUAAUCUAGAGAUAUAUGAAUGCAGCGACCAUGAAAAUGUGCAGGCCUUAUGCUUCUAUCGAUUUUUAUAUCUUUUCAUGAAAUAAAAAAGGGUUUUCUCGUGCAAUUUUGAAAUGUUCGGGUAAGACGGGCAAUCCCAUAGAAUCUCUCAUCAAUUCCUCAACGAU